AGAAGAGGGCAAGGAAGGCCUGAGAACAGAACCAUUGUGCAGUACCCAGCCCUCAGCCACCUCAGCCAGCCCUUCACUGGGCAUCCCUCAGGGAGCUCCUUUCACAAAGCUCCUCUCCAUGCAUGGGACAAGAACGUGGGCUCUUCCACUUUGCUUUGGUUUUAAUUUGGUUUUUUUUUUUUUUCCCCAGAACGUCAUCCUGGCACAAGCCCUGCCGCAUCCCAGACCCACGGCUGCCAGUGGGACUCCUGAAGAGCAUUUCAGCUGAAAACCUACAGCAGCACAAAGGAUGGGGUACAAUUUGUCCGAUGGAAAACUUCCAGAGAAUCACCUCAGCCCAGACAACAGUAGCUCUCCCAACGCCAGCUCCCCGGGGCGCUCUGCCCACGACGAGUUCACCACCAUCGUCCUGCCCGUGCUCUACCUCCUCAUCUUCCUGGCCAGCCUGCUGCUCAACGGCCUGGCAGUGUGGAUCUUCUUCCACAUCAGGAACAAAACCAGCUUCAUCUUUUACCUCAAGAACAUCGUGGUGGCAGACCUUCUCAUGACGCUGACGUUCCCCUUCAAGAUCAUCCAGGACUCGCGGCUGGGACCGUGGCACUUCAACUCCUUCCUGUGCCGCUACAGCACGGUGCUGUUCUACGCCAACAUGUACACCACCAUCGUCUUUCUGGGGCUCAUCAGCAUCGACCGCUACCUCAAGGUGGUGAAGCCCUUUGGGGACUCCAGGAUGUACAGCAUCACCUUCACCAAGGUCCUGUCAGCCUGCGUCUGGGUGGUGAUGGCGUUCCUGGCGCUGCCAAACCUGAUCCUCACCAACGGCUACCCCACCAAGAGGAACGUGGAUGACUGCCUCAAGCUCAAGUCCCCCCUGGGAGUCAAGUGGCACUCAGCUGUCAUCUACAUCAACACCUGCAUGUUUGUGGUGGUGCUGAUAGUGCUGAUAGGCUGCUACAUUGCCAUCUCCAGGUACAUCUAUAAAUCCAGCAAGCAGUUCAUCAGCUCGUCCAGCCGAAAGCGGAAGCACAACCAGAGCAUAAGGGUUGUCGUGGCUGUGUUCUUCACCUGCUUUCUGCCCUACCAUUUGUGCCGAAUACCCUUCACUUUCAGUCACCUGGACAAAAUUUUAGAUGACUCGGCACAUAGAAUCUUGUAUUAUUGUAAGGAAAUGACGCUGUUCCUGUCCGCGUGCAAUGUCUGUCUGGAUCCAAUCAUUUAUUUUUUCAUGUGUCGAUCGUUCUCACGAAGGCUGUUCAGGAAAUCCAACAUGAGAACCAGGAGUGAGAGCAUCAGGUCCCUGCAGAGCGUCAGGAGGUCAGAGGUGCGCAUCUACCACGAGUACACGGACGUCUGA